AUGAGCCGGGCGCUUGUGGACCACAUAGCCAGCAGUUUCCGAGAAGAUGCCCCUCGACCCCCGGUGCCGGGGGAGGAGGGCGAGGCGCCCUGCCGCCCCGGCAAACUCUUAGCGAUGAAACCCCUGGAGCCCCCCAAGUCGGUUCCGCUCGGCUCCCCCGGGUCCUCGGCGAGGAGGAACGAGGAUGGACUCGGGGAGCCGGAGGGGAGCGCCUCCCCGGACUCCCCCCUUUCCCGCUGGACCAAGUCCUUGCACUCCCUGCUCGGAGACCAGGACGGGGCGCUGCUCUUCAGGACCUUCCUGGAGCGGGACCAGUGCGUCGACGCCUUAGACUUUUGGUUCGCCUGCAAUGGUUUCCGGCAAAUGGACGUCAAGGAGAGCAAAACGCAGAGAGUCGCCAAAGCCAUCCACAAGCGCUACAUCGAACACGACAGCGUGGUGGCCACGCAGCUCAAGCCCGCGACCAAAACCUUCAUCCGGGAUAACAUCAAGAGGCAGCACAUCGACUCCGCGAUGUUCGACCAGGCGCAGACGGAGAUCCAAGCCGACAUGGAGGAGAACGCGUACCAGAUGUUUCUGACCUCCGACGUUUACCUCGAGUACGUGCGGACUGGGGGGGAGAACCCGAAUCACGUCCGCUCGAGCGGCUUGGUGGAGCUGAAGGCUGGAUGUGGAUACAUGCCCACGCUCAUCGAGGAGGAGGAGUGGAGUUGCGAUUUCAAAGCCAAAGCGCUGCUUGGAUUGUCGGCGAAGGCGCAGAGGGCCACCUUGUCCACGCGGGCGGUGGAGGUGAUGGCAAGGGGAUACAGAUCGUACCAGAGGGGAGACUCGCUCAACCCCUGCCAUGUGGGCUCCUUCGCCCCGGUCAGCAGCACCAACGACAGCGAGGUGUCCAGUGACGCCCUGACCGACGACGCCAUGUCCAUGACUGACAGUAGUGUAGAUGGCAUCCCUCCAUAUAAACUGGGCUCAAAGAAACAGCUACACCGAGAGAUGCAGCGCAACAUGAGGAUGAACAGUCAAGUCUCUCUGCCUGCUUUCCCUCGUGCUCGCCGCCCUCCAAAGGAGAUGGUCCCGAUGCAGCCGUUGGAGUUCGCAGCUCAGCUCAUCUCCCGCCUGGAGAGCCUGAAGAGAAAGCAGGACACCAUCAACUCUCUGGAGGAGAAGCUGCAGCAGAUUCAGGAGGAGGAGGAAAAAGAAGACAUGGAGAUCGGUGGAAGUGCUCACCAGCUCUCUCCCCACCCCUUGACCCUCCUCCCUGGCUCCUCUGACGAGGACCCGCAGGCGAUUCUGGACGAACACCUGUCUCGCGUCCUGAAGACCCCCGGCUGUCAGUCCCCCGCUGUAAUCCGCCACUCGCCUCGCUCCAGCUCCCCAGAGCACAGGCCCACCACGCGGGCGGGCUUCGGAAACAAGACCCUGGUGAGGACGGGGCCCUCCAGUGCUUCUCUCUCCAAUCCCGACCAAGGGGCUAACUCUCCGGCCCCGGGCCCCAGCAGGACCAUCGUAAGCCGGCAGAGCACAAAACACAUCCACCACCACUACAUCCACCAUCACGCCAGUCCCAAGACGAAGGAGCAGAUUGAAAGGGAGGCCGCCCUCAGAGUGCAUGACCUGUGCUCCAGCAGUGGCGAGUGUCAGCCUUCCGAGCGCAGCCGCAGCCUGGGCAGAGAGCUGUGUGGGGCCGUCUCAACAGACAACAGUGUGGGGCGGUCCAGCUCUCUGUCCAGGCGUGUGUGUCUGUCGGGGGCUGAGGAUGGAGCAGCAGAGAGGUGUACGGAGGAGCCGUUACAGCUGCCCAGCGACACAACAGACCCCGCCCAGAAUGUGCUGCAGUGGAUCCUGGAAAGUAAACGACAAGGCAGGCACAAGUCUCACAGCAUCCAGAGCACCAAGAAAUCCUUUGGCGGUUCGUCCGCGCAGACGCACACGUGGGGCGGCGGCGGAAGCUGUGGCCACCUGCGAAGCCACCAGCCGGCCCAGCCAUUCAUCCAGGACCCAGCCAUGCCGCCCAUGCCCCCUCCCAACACGUUGGCCCAGCUGGAGGAGGCCUGCCGCAGGCUGGAGGAGGUCUCCACCAAGACCACCAAGCAAAGGCAUCCAAUGUCCAGUGUCCAGCAAGAGAAGAGCCACCUAGUGCCUGUCCAGGCUGAGGGGUCCGUCCCUCCCUCUCUAGCCAGCCUCAGCCCCGGCCUCCAAUCAGAAGAGAUGAAGGAGGCUAAAAAGGGUUUAGGAGGCGAGACGGUGGUGACGUAUUUCUUCUGUGGCGAGGAGAUCCCCUACCGGAGGAACAUGAAGAGCCGCAGUCUCACCCUGAGCCACUUCAAGGAGCAGCUCCGCAAGAAGGGUAACUACAGGUACUACUUCAAGAAGGCCAGCGACGAGUUCCAGUGCGGCGCCGUGUUCGAGGAGGUGUCAGACGACGGCUCCUUGCUGCCCACCUACGAGGGCAAGAUCCUGGGCAAGGUGGAAAGGAUGGAGUGAGACCUUCCCAUGUUGUGGAUUUUAAACGGACUCUUCACACCUCCACGGACGGACGCACACAGGGACGCGUCUUUUUAAGCUAAGACGCUCGGACUGGAGACGUGGUUGAAGGAAUGUUCACGGGGUCUGGGCCGAUGGACCGGAUGAACCAAAGGAAGGAGGACAAGGUAUCGCGGAUACGGGACUAUCGCGUGAGCAGCUCGCCCUGAAGUAAAGAAGAAGAGAAAACUCGAGAGACUCUCGGGGAACGACCACCAGCCGGGCGGUGGGUUCAAACCUGAGACUGACCCAUCUGCCCAGCGCGCCGCUAAUAUGUAUAUGCAGAUAUACAUUGCAUUGUAUUGUGAUGCUCGUAUUGCUGUGUGAAGAUUUCUAUUGCUAUUUAUUGGAAACAUCCCUCCCCCAACCCCAUUACUCCGCCAUGGACAAGCUGCUUGGAGUUGGAGAAACUUCUCCAAUUUUCCACAUCCGUGAUUUUAUUUUUCCUGCGCAUUAGUUCUAGCAAAGGAAAUGGGUUUUAUUCAUUUUCCGCCCCUCAUAUUGAACUAUAAACUUCAAAAAUACCUCUUCAAAAAAAAAAAAAAAAAUCCACUCCUGUUCCUGGAGAUUUAGUGGGACAUCAUCUCUGAUCUCUUGGCUGAAGAGCUUACUGCUGAAGCUCUGAGGAUGGCUCUCCAUCACUUAAAAGUUUGAUAAUAUAUUUACUACUGCAGUGCUAUUUGUGGCUAUGGGGGAAAAUAGAACAAAAAUGCCAUUAACGUUUAAUUCCCAACUCUGGGACUCGGCCCAGCUAGCCUUGAUCUGUCGCGUCUUAGUGCCUUUUGUUGAAGUGGCGCAGGCAUCGCACAAACAGCCUACGUGUUAACUAAGAGGACACCGCCCUGAGCAGGUCCUAGAGUCCCCCAAAUACGCCUAUAUUAAUAUUUACCAACAAAAAGCUCUCUAGUGUCCCCCCCCAACGUGCUUACCAUGUGAUUGUGUGACUGCUUUUGAGUAUUUGAAACCUGCACUAUGAGCUGCAGAUGAUAAUGAUGGUGGUGAUUCAUACACUAUGUCCAUAGUGUUUUAAUUGAGUACAGUAGCUGUGCCUACAUGGAUUAUUGCCGUGUUUUACCCAAUUUUCAGGGUCCUGUUACUCCCUUGGUUUUUACAAGGGGCCUUAUGUUGAAAAGAUAUUUUUAUGCCUUUUUAGUAUCCGUUUCAUCAUGUUUAUGUUUUAUAAUAUUUUUCAUGGCUUCUUUGGCUCCACUUGUAAACUGUAAAUUAUGCGUUCUAUAGAGCUCAGUUGAAAAGAUGCCUCGGUACUUUAAUUAUUGUAAUUAUGAAGAGAUGUAGCCUUUAUUAAAAUGUUCUAUUUUUCAAAUUA